AGUAAUGUCACAGAACAUAUACAGGACUUGUGUGACUGAUAGUAAUGGCACAGGACAUAUACAGGACAUGUGUGACUGAUAGUAAUGUCACAGAACAUAUACAGGACUUGUGUGACUGAUAGUAAUGUCACAGGACAUUUACAGGACUUGUGUGACUGAUAGUAAUGUCACGGGACAUACACAGGACUUGUAUGUGACUGAGUUAGAUAUGUUAGAUAGUUAAAUAUGAUCUAUUUCAAACUCAGCUUUUUAAAACUUAUGUUUGGUUCUGUAACUGGUUUUCAGAUUAGUUUAUUUACAGCAUGGUUUGACUAUAUUAACUCUUAAAAGAAAGUUAAAAGACUAAAAAAAAUCAAAUUUGUUUAGUUACCACAAAAUAAGAAAAAAAAAGGAAAUCGAGCAAUUUGAAGUUCGUUGACGUAAUUUGUUGGUAAAAAUAUUUGUUGUUAUUUUGCAAUAUAUCUCUAGCUAGAAAAAACUACAUUUGUCAAUGAAUUGUACUAUAAUUAAAACUAAAUUUGUUAGAAAAUAAACUUUGUUUGUGUAACUAUUGAGUUAAGUUUAUUGAACUUUAAGAAAAGCUACCGCUGAAUAGUAAUCCAUACAGGCUCAAUGAACUACGUCAUCUGUUCUGGAUAAGUGAUCAUCGCCUGGCAACCUACAUAGUUGAUUGACAUGUCAAACAUUGACAAAGCACACCCAUGAAAUAAAGUAGCAGUGUUCAAAGAUAUUUUGGUGAUUUGUAGGUGCUUUUCUCUCUAACAAGCGACAGAGGUAAACUAAUAAAGUGUAAAAAAGAAAACUCUCGUAAAAUAUGGGAGGAAAUACUUCAAAGAAAGCUGGGAAUAAUACCAAAAAUGCUGUUAAGACUAAACCGGCUGAAAGACUUCAUAAUUUGGAUGGUGUGAGGCAAGUUUUACUUGUUCAUCAUUCGAAAACCAAGGCACAAAAGGAUGCAGUUCUUCAUUUUCGCGACUGCCUCAUACAAGCUGCACCAGGGAGUAUCAAAGUGGUCAAGACAGUCAACGUUGCUGACCAAACAUACGAACUCCAAGAUGUAAGCUGGCUCGAUGCCUUGAACAACGUUAUACUCAUUCGCCUGAAUCCUGAAGAUAUUUCUUCACUCGCGAAUGUUGUUCGACAAAAAGGAUAUUUGGAUGACAAUAAUUAUUUACAUGGGAGAGUGAUAGCGGUCGCUUUUGGAAAAUCUCUUCCGACUGGUUGGCCACCAAAUGGAGCGAAAAGAGAAAAUUUGGAUCUAAAAGACUUUUGCCUUGGACUUGAAAAUGAAGAGGACGAGUUUGAAGAUUCAAAACUAAGUUCGUUAGUUAGCGCAAUUAUGGCAAGCCAGUGAUUUUUGAAGUGGUCGGCACUAGUUUCAAUUUCCACAGUCAUGACCGGUAAAUAGAUUUUUGGAAAAGGUUGCCUUGAAAAUGCUGAACUCUCUCCACACUAAUCUAUGACAUGGACGUUUUUCCAUCUACCUUUUUUAUUAGGAAACUCUUCUUUUUCACCCUAUUGUGCAAUGCAUUCUCAUUGAGCAUUGAGUAUUUCAGUAUCAUAUGUGAGACAACCUUUUUCAAAUCCCAAUUUCAAGUUUGAAACUAGUAAUUCUACUUCGUCAUUGGUCUAAGUCGCUACGAAGUCACGUGAGAUAGCACGCGGCAAGCAAGCAGUCAGUUGCGCUUGGUGAUCGAGCAGUCAGGUUUGCGAAAGCAAACCUCUAGCGAAUAUUUAUCAUUAUGGCACAAAAUUCAACAGAUGAAGAAAUACUUGCACUACAAGACGAACUAUCU